GUUUAUGCUGUCGGCAGCAACCAUAAACAUUCGACAGGUGCGCGUUUGUUUUAGUGUUUUUUGACACAAAAUUAAAUUGUACAAAGGAUUCAGGCUGCUAAGCUUUUAAGCAGUGUAUCAUAAUGAGUGAAAAGAAAAAAAGCAUGGCUAGAAAAGGGAAGGAAAUUCAGUUACAGAGGGAGAUAGAAACACAGGAGGAGUGGGAGGAUAUGCUCUCUAAAGAGGGACUUUGUGUGAUAGAUGUGUACCAGGCUUGGUGCGGCUUGUGCUCUGGAAUGAUAGGCAGUUUUAGAAAAUAUCGUUUGGACAUUGAUGAUGAGCUACUUUUAUUGUAUGCAGCUAAGGCAGAUACUAUAGAUGCUCUAGAGAAGUAUAGAGGGCGCUGUGAACCAUGCUUCCUGUUCUAUGCUGGUGGUGUCUUGGUGGCGGUCGUGCGCGGGGCAAAUGCUCCUUUGAUUCUCAGAACCAUUACAGAACAGUUGGCACAGGAGCAUAAGGUUCUUGAUGGACAGGCGGAAAGGAAGGAGAUCAAGGACACUGUAAUAGCUCAGUUAGAAGAGAGAGACAAACAGAUGGAAGACGAAGAAGAAGAAGUAGAAGCCAUGAGAAUGCAAUUUCAGGGAGAAAUCAUUGACUUUGGUGAUGAGAUAGAUCAUGAUGAAUCAGAGCCAGUGAAGGAAGUAUCAGUGGUGAUAAUCAAACCAGAUGCUGUUCAAUCAGGCAAGGCUGAAGAAAUUCUAGCUGAGAUGAGGAACAGAGGUAUCGAAAUUCUGAGACAAGAGGAGAGACAAUUGACAGAUGAUGAAGUGAAGAAUGUAUACACCCACCUACAAGAUGAGCCAUUCUUUGAGGAACUCUGUGCUUUCAUGACAAGUAGUCCAAGUAUUGUACUGGCUAUUACUAAAGGAAAGACAGGUGAAAACAUUAUCAAGGAAUUCAGAGAUCUGAUUGGUCCACCUGAAGUAGAGGAUGCAAAGGAAGCUGCUCCUGAAAGUUUACGCGCCAAGUUUGGUCAAGAGAAGUACAUGAACGCUGUACACGGGAGCGACUCGUCAGACACUGCUGCCAGAGAACUUGCAUUUUUCUUCCCAGACUUUGUUGCACCAAAGGUUGAAGGGAAACCAAAACUUCAGAGAACACUGGCCCUUGUCAGACCAGAUGCUUAUAAAAAUAACAAAGAUCAAAUUCUCGCCAAGAUUCGUGAGUCAGGAUUCAAAGUUGCUAUGUCUAAAGAGAUUCACCUCACAAAGGAACAAGCAGAAGAAUUUUACAAAGAACACCAGGGUCAAGAGUACUUUGAAGAACUUACAACUAGAAUGUCCAGUGGUCCUCUAUUGGCACUUGGUUUGGCUAGAGAAGAGGCUAUAUCAGGCUGGAGAGAAAUGUUAGGACCAACUAAGGUUGAAGAAGCAAAGGAGAAAGCACCAGAAAGUUUGAGGGCACAGUUUUCAGAGGAGGGUGCACAGAUAAAUAUGUUACACGGCUCGGACUCUGAAGAAACGGCCAAGAAAGAAAUAGAAUACUUCUUCCCAAUGGAACAAACUGUUGCUGUUAUCAAACCAGAUGCUUAUGGUACCAAAGAUGAGAUUAUUGACAAAAUUCACGAGGCUGGAUUCAGAAUUGCUGCGAGAAAAGAAACCACGUUAUCUAAAGAAAUUGCCGAAGAGUUCUAUGCAGACCACAAAGACAAGGAAUAUUAUAAUGAACUUGUAGACCACAUGACAAGUGGACCCACAUGCUUCAUGGUGCUAUCUAGAGAAGGGGCUGUGGACGGAUGGAGAUCCCUUAUUGGACCCACUGACCCAUCACAGGCAAAGGAAGCUGAUGUAGAUACGAUCAGAGCAUUGUAUGGAAGUGACAAACUUAAAAACGCUGUUCAUGGUUCAUCGAAUCCAGAUCAUGCCAAGACACAGAUCGCCAAAAUUUUCGGUGAAUUAUACUUCAAUAGAGAUGGGUCCUUGAAAGAUGAAACAGAAGUGGCUAUAGCAGAACACCAAGAAACCACGUAUGAACCUGCCCCUGAAUAUGACAAAACAGAAACGGAAACCGACACUAAGGCAGAAAAUCAAGAACAAAGUGAAUCUCCCGAUGAAGCUAAAAAAGAAGAAAAACCCGCCGAAGAUCAAACCCCACAGCAGCCCAGUGAAAGUGAAACGCAAGAAAAAACUGAAGAGCAAAAAGAGUCCGAAGCAGCACCUGAACAACAAACAGAAGGACAGGGUGAACAGCAAGCUGAAACAACAGAAGAGAAAGCAAAAAGUCCUGAACCACAAACGCAAGAGGAACAGCAACCUGAAACAAAACCUGAAGAACAAGCAGAAGAGAAGGAAGAAUCAAAGCCUACUGAGGAACCAGCUCAGACGGAACAAAAAGCAGAGGAACCAGCUAAAACUGAAGAGGAACCAGCGAAAACAGAAGAGGAACCAGCUAAAACUGAAGAGGAACCAGCAAAAACAGAAGAGGAACCAGCUAAAACGGAAGAGGAACCAGCGAAAACGGAAGAAGAGCCAGCAAAAACGGAAGAAGAGCCGGCGAAAACAGAAGAACCUAAGGCAGAAGAAACAACUGAGCAGAAAACAGAGGCAACACAAGAAGCUGAAAAUACUGAAGAAAAGAAGGAAGAUAAGCCUGCUGAAGGGGGCGGCCAAUAGGAAGUGCAUAGGUUAUAAAAUUGUUAUCAUAUUAAACAUUGUUACCAUCUUCAAAAGGUUGAAAGUAGACGAACUAUUGUUAUCUUAUCAAAGGGAGCUAACUAUGAAAAAAUAAUCAUUAACAAAGAGAGCUUAUUAUGAAGAUUUUAUUCGUGUUUUGUGAAAGUGAUUUGUAUUAUAUGUGUUACAAGGGACCUAAUGACUUAUUUGUGUUGUGUAAGCGACUGGCUUUGUCUAGUGUAUAAUACACAGUCAUUUUCUAGAUAUUUCUUUAAAUUAUAAACGAAUAAAACAUGAAGAGAGAAACAAAAAAUGAAGAGAAAUUUUAAUCUUGUGUUCUAGUGCAUUUUUAUUUUAGAUGCGAUAUUUUCAUAAGUAUAACAAUAUUUUAUUUACACUAAAGUUUGGUAUAGUUUUGUUGAUUAAUAUGUUUAAAGUCUGGCAAAACUGUGAUUAGAUCAAAGAAAACCGUCCAAUUAUUUAUUUUAUUAUUGAAUUUUACAAAAGCUGAAAAUAAAACUGAAUCAUUUACAAAAAA